CUCGGUUACCCUGACAACGAGACGCACACAACAUGGCAUCCACUGUACAUUUAGAGAUCGUCGGUCUUUUAAAUAAACAUAAUUUUCAAAUAGCCAAAAGCAUUGUCGAGGGACUGAAAAAUAAAUUCUCGGAGUCAUUUGAUGAUCCAACAAUUCGCCCGUUGCUGGAAUGUGACUGGCAUGACUAUUUAUCGAAUAAAAAGAGGGAGCUGAAAGGGGAGGUCUGGCAGUACAACGGCUGUCUAAUGUCCUUCGCCAACGGUCAGUUGCUCGGUGAUGAGAGGAAACUGUCCAGCUGGGCAGAGAAAGAGUGGAAGUUUUCUUUCCAUCGACCACAGGCGCUUUAUAAAGCCCUUGCUGAGGAGUAUUACACCAGCAACCUGCGAAGCACAGGGCAUAUUUUUGUUUAUAUGGAUAUUGAAAGCGGCGGAGAGGCAUUUGGCAGACUGUUGUUUGAGCUGUUCUCAGACCUGUGUCCAAAGACGUGUAGAAAUUUUAAGGCCUUGUGCACUGGAAAGGCAGGUUUGUCCAAGAGUAACCUUGAGUUGAGCUAUAAGGGCUCAGUUUUCCACAGAGUUGUUCCAAAUGGCUGGCUGCAGGGUGGAGAUAUUUCACCUGAAAGGAAAGGCACUGGGGGGGAGUCUAUCUAUGGCCCAACAUUUGAGGAUGAGAAUUUUGUUGUAUCCCACAACAAGCGUGGCAUUCUGGGAAUGGCUAAUCAAGGUGCUCAUAGCAACGGCUCUCAGUUCUACAUCACACUACAGCCAGCCUUCUGGAUGGACCACAAAUAUGUGGCUUUUGGAAAACUUGUUGAGGGCACAGAGGUUCUGAAGAGACUAGAGGCAGUGCCCACCUACAACGAGAGACCCAAACAGGACUGCAAAAUAUCUGCAUGUGGAGUAUUUGAGCCCUGAGUAAUCCCAUACCGACUAUAGAUCAAGACAGCAAUGCAAGAAGCAUUUUAAUAACCAUUUUUAUUAAAUGUAGAAAUAUUUUUGUGCUUUUCUAUGUAAAGUUAAAAAAUAAAGCCAAAGAAAAACCCCUCAAUUUGUACACUUUACCAGUACUGUUUAUUUCUGUGGCACCCAUGGCAAAUGGAUUUCAGCAUCCUGUUAUGCUGCCUUGUCAGAUUUGGUUACCCUGCUAUAAAUGUUUAUAAAAGAACCAAAAUGCUUUCCAGAGUAUGAAAUAAAGGA